AUGUUUACGAGCGAGGGGAUUGGGCUGUUGACAGAUCCUGGCAAUAGACGCGAGCGAGCCCGAAGGGUGGUCACUCAAAUUGACUUUGCGGCCUGGGCAGACAGCGCUACUGAAUCAAAGCAAAUAGAGGCCGCGGGCCCCGAGCCAUCGCAGGACCCUUCAUCGAUUGAGCCAAAACAAAGGGAAGUAGACCUACACCCCAUCAGUUCCAGGACUCCUGCCGGGACAAAUAGUAUGGCACAAAGGCAAAAUCAGAAAAUACUCACUCCUCAUAUUGUCGCGCGCCCCGCUCGGACGAACGUUACACAGGAACUACCGCGAAAGGCACCUGUCGCACCCGUUACAAUCGCCUUCAAGGCUCGAGGCAAGGAUGGUGAAUGGAGAAAGAUCCACGAACUAGUCGUGGACCCAUCCGAUCCGACCGCUGUAGAGCGACUGGUUCGGAAAGACGAGAGGAACCGUGGGGCAACGUUUUACAAUAAGAACCUGCGCAUGAUUACCCCAGCACAGUGCUACGAUGCGGCAAUUGAGGAUGGGGCAAACACAAUCUUCGUGGAUUUUGAGGGAGAUUUGGUAAUAAAUGAAGCAAUGACCGUAGCAGGUUGUAAGCCCAGACAGCCACCAGUUGGUGUUGCGAGGGCCCAGGGGGAUUGA